GCCGACAGUGAAUGCGUGAUCAACUUUUGUAAAAAAAAAACAUGUCCAAGGUAGCAUAUAACAUCCUGCCAAAAAUUAGAAUAAACUCUGGCAAAAUUUAGUGAUAAUAAGCGUGUGAAACGAGGCCAAAUAAGUACUACGUAACUUACAUUCAACUAAUUAAUGCGCAAUAUAGGGCCCUUUGUCAUUAUUAUUAUAAAACUAUGGUGUCGUUCAAGCUCCCGAUUGGAUGAAACUGUAAACAGGUGAUACAUGCCAUGGGCAGAAUAGGAAAAAUUGCAGUACAGUCGGGGUACACCAGUGAGUUCUGUCGAAAUCACUGCCCAAUAGAAAAAAUUUUAGUAGUUACGAAGUUGUCGAUUGGAUGAUUUCUCUCCGUCCGGCUCAUGUGCCACUGUGUUUAAAUUGACGUAUAGCUGCCGACGUUUUUUUUUGUAUAUUCCUGUACAAGUUGGUAUAAGUUUUCAUCGGCAUGCCGGCAUGGGAUUGAUGGGGUAUUCGAUUCGUUCCAAACCAUGUCCAUAACGUACAUAACUGAACGUGAUCUUGUGCUUGUGUUAGUAGCCUAGUAGAAAAAUUUGAUUUUUGUCGCUGGGCAUUGUGCUUUUAAGUAUUGAUGGAAACAAGCUGAACAUAUUUCUGCUCCAAAAAGUAUUAGCUUUAUUAAAGGCGAAUUUGUAAAUAAUAACGGAGGAGAACAAGUAAAGUUGUCCAAGUAAAGCUUCAAAUAUAAUGUUUCGAGUUAUUAAUUAAAAUAAUCUAUUUUUUAAUAAAUAAGUUAAUAAAAUGGCAUUCGGCGCGUGCUUACGAACAAUUUCGCGUGAAUAUAGAUUGAACGUAUGCUUAACCUCCCGACUAUCAGUCCUGUUAAGUCCACAGCAUCAACGUUGCCUAGUGAUGCACAGGAACAAUUCAAUGAAGAAUUGGAAAGAAAAUCUGUGACUCCUGUUGAUUAUCGAUUUACAUACCCUGAAUUUUUGCCAGAUCCUGCUUUUGCCAGAAGAAAUACAAUAAGAGAGAAACUUGAAAGAAUGGAUAUGUUAAAACGAAGGUCACAAAUUGAUAUUCCUGAGUUCUAUGUAGGAUCUAUACUAGCUGUAACUACAUCUGAUCCUCAUUCAGGAGGAAAACCACAUAGGUUUUUGGGUAUUUGUAUUAGUCGAAGUGGUUGUGGCUUACGUGCUUCUUUUAUUUUGAGGAAUGUUAUUGAUCAUCAAGGUGUUGAAGUUGCUUAUGAAAUGUACAAUCCAACAAUUCAGAAAAUUGAAGUGUUACGACUUGAGAAAAGACUAGAUGAUGAGCUAUUUUACCUUAGAGAUGCACUUCCAGAAUAUAGUACUUUCCCACAAGAUAUGGAUCCUGAAAUUAAAAUAGACGGUGCAGCAGUGCCUGUAAAUGAUAUCAAGGUGAAACUGAAGCCUCGUCCAUGGCUGGAAAGAUGGGAACGCAAGAAUUUAAAAGGUGUCCAAGACUUAGGCCUACCUGAAAGAUUUUAUAAGAGGGCAGAAGAAUUAGCUACACCAUGGGAAAAAUAUGAUCUUAUGAAGCAAUAUCGAGCAACAAUUCCAGAGGAAGAACAGGCAGAAAUAUUUUCAGAAGUUUAUUCUGAACUACAUAAUAUGGAAAUAGCAAGGAAAAAGCUAAAGAAAAGAAAAACUUUCAUUAAACCUAAAAAGAGUGGUUAAAUGUGAGAAUGUAAAUGUUAAUAAAUUACCGUUUUUGUAAUGUCUUCUUUAAAAAUAUGUCUUGACUGUUUUGAUGUAUUCUUGAUUUACGCUGCAAAUCACAGAAAACCUUCUCAGCCAACUGACAUUUAUACCAAAUCUCCAAUUUUUCCACCCCAAAUUAACAAAUAUUUUCAAUUCUCAAAUCAUUGGCCACUGACAGUAGGAAUAAGCAAUAUUGGAUUAGGUGAUUAAUUGGUGUGCAUGCAGGCAAAAGGGGAUAAGUCAAGUUUUUGGUUCAAAAUGAGUAUGCUAAACAUUGCUUUUCUACUUGACAAAAUUGAAAUGUCACCUUCCCCGCAUAUACACAAUGAUAGUACCAUAGUAAAGCAAUGUUCUUGCAUACUUAUUUUGGACAAAAACUUGACUUAUCCCCUUUUACACGCAUACCUGCCAAUUCUGCCAUGUGACAUGGAAAUGUAGUAGGAGAGACCAUCCUAGGAAUGAGAAAUUAGAAUUAAAUUUAUUACUUCAUUACCAUUUGAUCAACUACCGAAUAGUCUUAAAAAGAGGAUGUUGUCGUAAGAUGAGGUUCGGUCCUAAAAAUUAUUCAGAAUAUACAUGGUUAUCUUGUAUUAACAGAUUAAGGGAAAUCAGUGGCAAACAAUGCUUUUAAAUUGCCUUUUCAUUUUGAGGAAAUUAAACGAUGUAAUAAAACCCAUGGAAAAUAAUAAACUGGGUGUAAUCUAAAUGAUGGUUCUAAAAGGUGAAUGUGGGGUGUAUAAUAGCCUCCAGUUCUAAGCAAAAACUUUUUCACUUUGGUGAGAGAGAGUAUGUGUCAUGUGAAAUCAGCUGUACUCUUAUUUAAUCUUGCGCGCUACAAAGCAUGCCAUUCUUGUGAGACUCAUUUGUGUGAAAGAUUUCAUCAAGACUGUUCUUAAGCAGCAGACUUCACUGAAAGUUAAUGGUGACCCCAACCUCAGAAUAAAUAGCAAAAUAACGUGUAAUAAUAAUGUAAUAUCACAGACACUUUUAACUUUUCAAAAUAUUUUCUUGAAAGUUUUAUUACGGUAGUUCUAAAUAGAAAGAAACUUUAAGAAUACGAUUGUAUGGUUCUUUCAUCCUCGGACAUAGAACAUUCAAUACAAUCCAUUAAAAUUAAAUUAAAAAGUAGUAUAAAAAAGGUGUGCAUGUAAACUCGUCAGAAGUACUUUCAGCCACUACUCAAUUCGUUAUUGGAAAAUGUUAAUCGAGCGCGUACACAAAAGUUCUGUAAAGAACAUAAAUUCAAUGUAUUAACAGGCGGUUUAUUAAAUAAAGUUGGUACAUUUGCAAGCUCGUAUUUAUAUUAGA